ACUGCUUGGAGCACCUGAAGAAAAACCAUUUUCACUAACUUAAGAUUGCAAAAUGAAGCUUCUUCUUUUUGUAGCCUUCAUGGCCACCAUCUUCAAUGUCAAUGCUGGCAAGAAGCUGAGACUGCUGGCAGGUCUAAACGGUGGAGUUGUGUCUGGGGUUAACCCUGGACUGGUGGUGGGGGGCCUGAACCCUGGCGUCCUCAGUGGUGGCACUGGGUUGAUUGGGCAGCCGAUGUUUGCACAGAUGGUUCCAGGUGUCCCCACGUAUGUCAUGCAGCCCCAAGCUGUCCCCGCUGGUCCCUAUGGUUUCCCAAAUGUCGGGAUGCAGCAGCCUCAACCGUUCCCUAACUUCCCUGGGCAGUACCAGUAUCCUGGCCCACCAGCUAAUGGGCUGCCUUACUACAUGGGCGUCCCUCAAAUGGCAGGAAUGAAUCCUCCACAACAGCAAGUCAUGGGAGUCCAAGGURCAGGUGGGAUUCCCAUGAUGCAGCAGCCACAGCAGGGUCCUCCACAAGCAGAGCCAGUGAGAAGAUUCAAGCGCUUUCUGAUGAGGAGGGCUCACACCAUGAAACCUGAUUUGGACAUUCAGAUUUCAACUGAGACAACCACAACUCCAUCCCCAACUACUUGUUUAGACAAUAUUCAAGUUUAGAGUGGACAAAUUGGAGUGGAACAAGGUAUACAUCAAAAUACAAACAGUCUGCUUACAUUUGUGGUACUGUGCAAUAUCCMAUUAUUGAAAAAAAUGAUAAGCAAGAACUAUCUCGGGUCAUUUAUUUACAGGUGUCUGCUCUAGAACAUGGACACGGGAAUUUCACCAAAUUGUCCACAGCGCUUUAAGUUAAUCAUAUCAGAUACCAUAGCAGUUAAGAGCUUUCGGCCAUUAACCGAAUGGUUGCUGGUUCGAAUCCCUGAGCCAACUAGGUGAAAAAUCGGUUGAUGUGCCCUUGAGCAAGACAUUUAACCCUAAUUGUUCCUGUUAAUCGCUCUGGAUAAGAGCAUCUGCUAAAUGACAACAUAUACUGUCUUCUAACAUUGUAUGCAUGCAGAUGUUAUUUGACUUAUGCAAGUCAGUUAAAAGAACAAGUUCUUAUUUACAAUGACRGCUUAGGAAYAGUGGGUUA